AAAGCUUUUAUUUUGAAACAACACACGGGAAAUCGGAAGGGAAAAUCAGCUGGAAUCCACGGAAAUCCUCGACGGGACUAUAUUUCUUUACUUAGCUAGCAAUUUAUUGUCAGCUGCUGUUUUUCGCUCCCAUCGGUUUGCUGUUAAACCGCCACCUUGGCGAUGUCGGAGUCCUACGAUUUCCUCUUUAAAUUCCUGGUGAUUGGGAAUGCUGGGACAGGCAAAUCCUGUCUGCUGCACCAGUUCAUAGAGAAGAGAUUUAAGGAUGAAUCUAACCACACGAUUGGUGUGGAGUUUGGCUCAAAGAUCAUCAGUGUCGUCAACAAAACGGUCAAACUGCAGAUCUGGGACACCGCAGGACAAGAACGCUUCAGGUCUGUGACCAGAAGUUAUUACAGAGGAGCCGCAGGAGCGCUGCUCGUCUACGACAUCACCAGUCGGGAAACGUACAACGCUUUGACCACGUGGCUGAGUGACGCCAGGAUGCUGGCCAGUCAAAACAUCGUCAUCAUCCUCUGCGGGAACAAGAAGGACCUGGACGCCGACAGAGAGGUCACGUUCCUGGAGGCGUCGCGGUUCGCUCAGGAAAACGAGCUGAUGUUCCUGGAGACCAGCGCGCUAACGGGGGAAAACGUCGAAGAGGCCUUCGUCCAGUGCGCUCGCAAAAUCCUCAACAAAAUCGAGUCCGGGGAGUUGGAUCCAGAGCGGAUGGGUUCAGGCAUCCAGUACGGCGACGCGGCGUUGCGACAGCUGCGCUCUCCGCGCCGCGCUCAGCCGCAGGGCUCCCAGGACUGUGGCUGCUAGUGGACUUCGUGCAAUUCACGACAUGAAGGUUUAUAAAGACCUGAAGAAGAAGAGCCAUGGAGGACCUAACAGUGUUGGGUUCAGGUUGCUGGCUGGUGACCCCUCCCAUGACCUUUGCACGGACCCUUCAGAGUCUUUAUUUUCAUUUCUGCAUGUGCAGAGAGCUGAGAAGUCCUCCUGGCCCUCUCCCCUCCCUCAGACCGGCCAUCUUCCCAGCAGUCUGCUGCUUUACUGGACCAAAAUGGCCCCCGACCAUCCCACCCAGGAUGCUAAACGUUUGCAUGAUUCUCUCCUCACGGUCACACUGUAUUCCCUCUGAUGCAGCCUGGACUCCACCUUUACUCCAUUUAACAUGACUAAACAAGAUUUGACUGGAUAAUUUGUUAGUAAAAUAGGUUGGUGUUUUGCUCCAGCUUGGAUGUGGAUGAAUUAAUGCAAACCAGACGACUUUAUCAUCGACUCUGUGGCAUGGAAACCAAACUUUAACCCCCCUGAACUACUGUUCUCUCUUUGUUUCCCUCUCUGGUUUAAACACUCCACUAAACGUUGCCCUCAUUAACACACCCUCAGCUAACACACCCUCCCUUCCUGCUGCCUUUCUUGCAUUAAUUCCCCUGAUUUCCCUUUUUUCGCUGUACAGAGUUUCUGUAAAUAGAGAGCGACGCAUGUUCUCCCAGAUGGAGUAUUUUAUUAUAGCUGAUAUUCCAUCUGUGUUACAUUAGAAAUCAUAUUCAGCAUCAUUUUAUGCUCCACUGUAUAUUUAAAAACACUGGCUCCUCGUGCUCCGUGUGUGAAGGACGGGUCACCAUUUUAACGGCUGUGUAACACGUUUGUCCUGCAGCCAGUGAAGUGGCAGAUCUCUCACUAAUUGUUGCUUGUUUACAUGAAAGUCUGACUGAUGCUAACCAAUCACAGCUGCAGUCUGGAUCUUAUCUGUUGUGUGCUUUAUUUAUUUUAACCUUUUAAGGCUAACAUGUCACUUUGCUUUAGUUACCAUCUUCCUAAGUAGCUUAAUUAAAGCCAUGAUAAGCGACAGAACUCUAAACUUUUCCAUCACGGUUCAAACUAGAGCAGCUUUUCAGAUCUAGUCUGUGAAAUACGACGGCGGCUUUCGCUGUUUCACGUCUGGAUGUCGUCAUUUUGUGUUUUGUUUGUUUUUGUCACCAGAUUCUUUCGUUUCCAUGUGUGUCUGUUUUGUCAUGAAUAUCAUAGAUUUUUAAUUUAUUAAUUUAUGAUAAUUGGCAUAUGUUUUUGAAAUAAAACAAAUACAUCACCGGA